UGUCUAAGGAAUGGUGGUGGGCAUUGAAGAGCGGUUCUUUGAGAAGGACACCCCUGGCAGAAGACCCAACUAUUCACUGUCUGAUUUAGACAAAGGCCAUUGCAGGACUGUGGGAGAAAUAAUGGCUGCCAGGCUUGGCCCAAGGAAGACCAGCUCCGAAUUUCCUGAUGCCUUGGUGCUACAAGUUCCUGUGCACUGGGUCCCUGGACUUGGGAAAAUUGGACAAAAGCGAUGUGGGAGAUGAUCAAUAUACUGAUCUCUUAUCAAAAGUGGAGACAGCCACUGACACAACAAUUCAAGUUCUCACAGAGGAGAUCUUGAACUGUGGUUACACAGGAUUAAUCAGCUUGGAGAAAAAGGGCGAAAUAAUCCGUGCUAUUGUCCUCCAUGCAAACCUGAGGCUGUUCCCGAUGCUGCUGCAGAUUAAGGAUGGCUUGAACCUGUAUGGCUUGUGCAAUAUCAUGGCCAAAUACCCUGAUAUCUGUCAGCCUUUGUUUGUACCAGGGGUAGAAAUGACAGCUGAUGCAGACUUCAUCAUAUCUGUGUGCCAAGCAGAAUUCAGUGAGAGAGGCUCAAACAAGGAACAGGUGGAGGUGACUUUAAUGAAUCAUCUGCAGGAUUUCCUCCAGGAAAUGGAGCAAGACAAAACUGAUUCAGGGAUGGAGAAUGCUGCACUUCCCUCAUUAUCUCCAAAAGCAUUUCUUCAGUGGAUAACCGGGCAAGGCCAUGUUCCUGUCCUGCAGGAAGAGAAGAGACGUUUCAAAGUGAAUGUUAAGUUCAAUCAUCACUGCCAGUCACAUUUUGGGGAACACAGCAUAUGUUAUCCAUCUGUUGCAGCUUGCAGUAGAACCAUCACCUUCCCUGUCCAACACAUGAGAUCAUAUGGCGAUUUCAAAGUAGUCCUGGUGGAGGCGUUCCAUCUGGGACAAGAAUUGUCACUGGUGUAGAUGAAUAAGUUAUUCAUGCAACUGCUGGUUUAGUUCACUUUAAAAGUUUUAACUUUUAGUUUUUAAGACU